CCGGUAGCGGCUAACUACCGGAAGUGCAGUCUGUUUUUAGAGUUUCCUCAUUGUUUACUAUGAAAUAAUAUAUAUAUGACCUCUUCGUGUGUCAUUAUAACCUAACGUUCAGAUCGUUGUAUUGAUCUUUUAGGCCAAAUUUCUACAGAAUGCAUCGUAGAGGCGUUGGGGCUGGCGCUAUAGCCAAAAAGAAGCUAGCAGAGGCCAAAUACAAAGAAAGGGGAACUGUACUUGCAGAGGACCAGAUAGUUCAGAUGUCGAAGCAGUUGGAAACGUUCAAAUCCAACCUGGAGGAGUUUGCCAGCAAGCACAAACAAGAGAUCCGCAAGAACCCCCAGUUCAGAGUCCAGUUUCAGGAGAUGUGUGCUACCAUCGGCGUUGACCCGCUUGCUUCUGGUAAAGGCUUUUGGUCAGAGAUGCUUGGUGUUGGUGAUUUCUACUACGAGCUGGGCGUACAAAUCAUUGAAGUCUGCCUCGCCCUGAAACACAGAAACGGAGGUCUUAUUACUCUGGAUGAGCUCCACCAGAGAGUGCUGAAGGGUCGUGGUAAAUAUGCCCAGGAUGUGAGCCAAGAUGACUUGGUCCGGGCCAUUAAGAAACUGAAAGUGAUGGGAAGUGGCUUUGGGAUGAUCCCGGUUGGCGGUUCUUACCUGGUCCAAUCGGUUCCUGCAGAACUAAACAUGGAUCACACUGUAGUUUUACAGUUAGCUGAGAAAAAGGGAUACGUCACAGUGAGUGAGAUCAGAGGCAGCUUAAAGUGGGAGAGGGAACGAGCAUGUCACGUGCUGGAUCAUCUGCUAAAAGAAGGUUUGGCUUGGCUGGACUCUCAAGCAGGCGCAGAGGCUCAGUACUGGCUGCCGGCGCUCUUCGCUGAGUUGACCUCACGUGAUGUCACGCCAGAGGAAGCCAAUCAGAUGACGCCUUAGGAGGAUCGUUUUAUUGGUUCACAGGCUGGAGGUGA